CUCCGCCAAGAUCUGCACUCAAACCAUUGAAAUUGAAAUCUUUGCUUUAAUACAAAGAAAGAUUUAUGACUGAAAUCAAGUUAGAAUUCUGUUUUUGAGUUAAUUAAUUCAUUCAUUUUAGAAAACAGCAGGCCUCGUGUCUAUUUCUAAAGGGUUGGAUUAAUCCAACGACACAUAUACAACAAAAAGUGAAAACCAGGGAAUCCCUUUCCCCAUUUAAAAGAAGGUGACACACACUUAUUUCGUCAAAAACCCUGAAAAUUGGUCAUCAAUGGUUUUCUCUUCAGCUCUCUCUUCUUCUUCUUCUUCUUUCACACUACCUUCUCCACUCCGCACCCACUACCUUUCCACCACCUUAACAACUCGAUCCUCCACUUUCCCUAACCACAAAUUCAUCAAAACCCGAAUGCAAGCCCAAACCACCAACAAUGCUGCUAAACCCAAAGAAGCUAAACUUUGGGGUGGAAGAUUCGAAGAAGGCGUCACCGACGCCGUCGAACGAUUCACUGAAUCCGUCUCUUAUGAUAAACAGUUAUACAAACAUGACAUUAGAGGAAGUAUUGCUCAUGCAUCCAUGCUCGCUAAACAGGGUUUGAUCAGUGUGAGUGAUAGGGAUUCUAUUAUUGAAGGUUUGGGAGAGAUUGAAAAGAGAAUUGAGAGUGGUGAAUUUAAUUGGAGAGCUGAUAGAGAGGAUGUUCAUAUGAAUAUUGAAGCUGCACUUACUGAUUUGAUUGGUGAACCUGCUAAGAAGUUACAUACUUCCAGAAGUAGAAAUGAUCAAGUUGUUACUGAUUUACGACUCUGGUGUCGUGAUGCUAUUGAUAAGAUCUUAGCAAGUAUAAAACAACUUCAAGUUUCGCUUCUUAAGCUGGCUUUGAACAAUCAGGGUCUUAUUGUUCCCGGUUAUACUCAUUUGCAGCGUGCGCAACCUGUUUUAUUACAGCACCUUCUGCUUGCUUAUGUUGAAGAGAUUGAGCGUGAUGCUGGUCGUUUGAUCGAUUGUAGAGCUAGGAUGAAUUUUUGUCCUUUAGGGGCUUGUGCAUUGGCUGGUACAGGGCUUCCUAUUGAUCGAUUCAUGACAUCUGAUGCAUUGGGAUUUACAGCUCCAAUGAGGAAUAGUAUCGAUGCGGUUUCUGACCGAGAUUUCCUACUGGAGUUUCUCUCUGCUAAUGCCAUCACAGCAGUGCACCUUUCUCGACUUGGUGAAGAAUGGGUACUGUGGGCUUCAGAGGAAUUUGGAUUUAUCACCCCAAGCGACUCUGUUUCAACGGGAAGCAGUAUAAUGCCUCAGAAAAAGAAUCCUGAUCCAAUGGAACUUGUUCGUGGUAAGUCUGCCAGAGUCAUAGGAGGUUUGGUCACUCUUCUCACAUUGUGCAAAGGACUUCCACAUGCUUACAAUCGUGAUUUGCAGGAAGACAAAGAACCAGUGUUCGACAGUGUUAGAACUAUUUUGGGAAUGCUUGAGGUCUCAUCAGAGUUUGCAAUGAACAUUACUUUCAAUCGGGAAAGAAUACAAAAGGCUUUACCGGCUGGUUAUCUUGAUGCAACGACACUCGCUGAUUAUCUUGUUAAGAAGGGAGUGCCAUUUAGAACAUCUCAUGAUAUAGCAGGAAAAUCUGUUGCCUUGUGCACAUCGAAGAAUUGUCAACUGUUGGAUUUGAGUCUUGAUGAGCUGAGAAGUAUAAAUCCAGUCUUUGACAAGGAUGUGUAUGAAUUUCUUGGAGUAGAAAAUGCGAUCCAGAAAUUUAUUUCUUAUGGUUCCACCGGGUCUGCUUGUGUUGCCGACCAACUCGAUUAUUGGAUGAAAAAGCUUGAAAUUAAGUGAAGAGUAUCCUAGUUGUCACUGGGGAAGCUGUUUUUUAUGACCUGAAAUAAUAAACUUGUUUAGCAUAGAUCGUGCUGCAUAUUUGAAUAGGUCAGGGUUACUGAAUAUUUGUCAUUGUAUGAAUUUUAAAUUUAGCCAAGGUUACUGAAUGGUUAGUUUCAGAAUCUCAAGAAGCAUGCAUGCAUUGAAGUCGUGAGCUUCUUGCAUCAUGAGCUGUUGUACAGUAA